GUGACAAAGACCCGACACGCUCGCUAUUCAUUCUGGGGUACCUGUUAUUGUUUUAAGUGUAUAGAUAGGUUUAUCAGUUGACUGAGUCUAUACUUUAUAUGUGUCAAUUACCCAACACGACUUUGUUCCCUCGUGUGAGGAACUGAGCUAGUCCUAGCAACCAGGCUCUCCUUUCCCCGUGUUGAGUUCUCUGAAGCGGACAAGGGGAGAGAUGUAAGCUGAACACUUUACACCGUCAUUUUAAAUGAACAAAGCUUGGUCUAUAAUCGAUUAAAUCUCCAGAACAAUGUAUAAAUAGUUAGCGGGGAGAGAGUGGAUUAUCGGAUUAGCGGAGGCCGUGGAUACCAUGGAUAGAUCAGGAUUAUCCAGUAGGGGGACAGAAACGACGAGACAUAGAAGUGCACAAGACAACAUGUCAACGUCCCAGCAGCCGACAGUAGCUUCGGUAAGCUCCGGACUAUUUAAGCGACCAAUCAAAACAGCGCUGCAUCAGGCGGUUCUCGACUGCCGUCUGCAUCAGGUCAGGCUACUGGUCGCAAAACACAACGUCAAUGUGGAUUGCAAAGACUUACACGGGCGGACGCCCAUGAUGCUGGCCUGUAUGAUCGAAGAGGAAUUCGGAUACAAGAUGGCAAAGAUUUUUUUGAAUGCUGGAGCUUUUUUAAAUUUGAGAGACGCUCUGGGAAGAACCGCUUUAAGUUAUGCUUGUAUGAAUGGACGUGCAUCUAUAGUUGGAUUGAUACUGAAGGAAGAUGUACUAGACAUCAAUGAAGCCGAUAAUGAUGGAAACACACCGCUACAUCAUGCUGCCUGCAGCGGAAAUCCAUCCAUAGUGGAAAUGCUUGUCGACUGCUUUGUGAAGUUCGGACUCGACGUAGAUACAAGAAAUAGUCUUGGAUACACUGCCCUUCUUCUGGCGCUAAAGAAAGGACAUUUUGUGUCUGCUCAUUUACUUCUGAAGAAAGGAAACGCAUCGCCGACCUUACGUGACAAUGAAAUAUUUCUUAAUGCUAGUGAAUGGGCUCAGAGGGGAGGAAGUGAAUCGUCCUCGAAGUAUACACCUCGUCGGACCCUUCCUUCCCUCCCAGCCAGCGCCACCACACUUUCAUUUUCCCGGGAGUCCACCAUGUACCAACCACCGACCACCCAGCCAUGUAACCAUGGCAGAAAACAUAACGAUCAGUUGCCCUGGUCCGCGCAGUCUCUUAGAUUCCCCAACAUACAGACAUCGCAGGAAUUCGAAAGAAGUGAAACAUUUGUUAACGGGAUGGAUGCGAGACAAUUAGUUUUAGAUGAAAUCGAUGACUUUGAUUCAGUACAACGCCCUACAUCGUACAAGAAAGGUCGAAUUCCCCACCCAUCCACGGCUAAACUUAUUGCCCUCUCCCGACGCGCUAAACCUGCCAUUAUUCCGGACAUGACGACUAUAUUCCGAAUUUACUCUGAUCAGUACCAACCAGAGUGGAUGAAAAAGCCAGCGUUAUCGAAAAGUAUUUUGACAUUGUCUACUACAUCUUCAAAAUCAAACUCUGAGUCAACCAUUGUUGAUGCAUGUACCUGAACAUUGAAAGACCAUUAUAAUUGAAUGUUGUGAAUUUCUGUUAGAAACUGAUUAACAUGCUGUUGUAUCUUUCUCCUUGUAAAUGGAAGCAAGAUGCAUGAAUAUUUGACAUACAAUAUGUAUGCUUCGGUCUUACAUUUUUGGUAGCUACAAU